CGCGCGCGGCUACGCGGAGCGACAGCGCGAGAGCAAAGACCUGCACGUUAGGACGGGGUUUUAUUUUUCUCUCUGUUCUCUUAUCGGAUCAGUGUUUCCUCCUGCGCAAUUACGAGUCAGGACGCGAUCAGCACGGGGUUUAAAAGCGGACGAGUUUCGCAGCAUCCUCUUCUCUCUCUCUCUCUCUCUCUCUCUCUCUCUCUCUCUUGCGCGCGCUCUCUCUCUCUCUCUGCCCCUGAACCAGGCACGCGCGCGCGCUCCCAGACGCAGCGCUGUCCUCGCGCGCUGGACAGAUUGCACAGACUGAUCGCUGAUAAUUUUACGUUUUCAACCGGAAGCGAGAACUUCCAGGACGUUACGCUGACACGACUCAGAGCACCCGUUUGUAGGCUUACGUUUUCGACCGGAGUCCAAAACCGGGGGAUUAAUUUUGCCCUGGUGACCAGCCGUGACGCAUGGUUGGAAUUUCUGCCUCUUUUCAGUAUCGUACUGAGAAGCCCUCCACCAUGCCCGACUCGCCCGCCGAUGUGAAAGCACAGCCCAGGUUAACUCCACCCACCAUGCCACCACCACCCGGCACACAGGGAGCCCCCAGGACCAGCUCGUUUACUCCAACAACACUAACAAACGGCACCAGUCACUCUCCCACCGCACUGAACGGUGCUCCUUCGUCCCCGAACGGUUUCAGCAACGGCCCUUCGUCUUCUUCCUCCUCUUCGCUGGCCAAUCAACAGCUCCCUCCGGCAUGUGGCGCGCGGCAGCUCAGCAAGCUGAAGCGCUUUCUUACAACUCUGCAACAGUUCGGCAACGACAUCUCACCUGAAAUUGGCGAUCGUGUUCGCACGCUCGUGCUGGGGCUUGUGAACUCCACGUUAACCAUUGAAGAAUUCCACUCCAAGCUGCAAGAAGCGACCAACUUCCCCCUCCGACCUUUUGUCAUCCCAUUUUUAAAGGCCAACCUGCCAUUACUGCAGCGGGAGCUUUUGCACUGCGCACGCCUGGCCAAGCAGAACCCAGCACAGUACCUGGCCCAGCACGAGCAGCUGCUACUCGACACCAGCAUCACGUCUCCCGUCGAAUCGUCUGAGCUGCUGAUGGACGUCAACGAGAACGGCAAGAGGAGGACCCCGGACAGAACCAAAGAGAACGGCUUCGACAGGGAGCCUCCACAUCCAGAGCACCCAAACAAGCGGCCAUGCACCAUCAGUCCUGGUCAGCGUUUCAGCCCCUCCAAUGGACUUUCAUACCAGCCCAAUGGCCUUCCUCACACUGCUCCACCACCCCCAGGCCACUACCGGCUUGACGAGAUGGCUAUCGGCCAUCAUUACAGAGACUCGUAUCGCCACACCAACCACCGUGAGAUCCGUGAGCGCCCACGGCCCAUCGGCAUGCACGGUGGCACACGUCAGGAAGAGGUCAUCGAUCACAGACUCACAGACAGAGAAUGGGCCGAGGAGUGGAAGCACCUUGACCAUGUAAGAAAACUCCUUAACUGCAUCAUGGACAUGGUGGAGAAGACGCGGCGCUCGCUCACCGUGCUCAGGCGAUGUCAAGAGGCGGACCGCGAGGAGCUCAACUAUUGGAUCCGGCGCUACAGCGAUGCCGAGGAUUUGAAGAAGACCUCCAGCAGCAGCAGCAGCACCAGCAGCAGCCAAUCGAGGCAGCAGAGCCCCGCGGGGCAGGAUAGCAACCCUGCAGAGAUCCACCGGGAAGUGCUCCACAGGCCUGUGUCUGGCUACGUUCCUGAGGAGAUCUGGAAGAAAGCAGAAGAGGCGGUGAAUGAAGUGAAGAGGCAGGCGAUGUCUGAGCUACAGAAGGCCGUGGCCGAAGCCGAGCGCAAGGCUCAUGAUAUGAUCAGCACCGAACGAGCCAAGAUGGAGCGCACCGUGGCCGAGGCCAAGAGACAAGCUGCAGAGGAUGCGCUGUCUAUUAUCAACCAGCAAGAGGACUCGAGUGAGAGCUGCUGGAACUGUGGACGCAAGGCAAGCGAGACAUGCAGCGGGUGCAACACGGCGCGCUACUGCGGCUCCUUCUGCCAGCACAAGGACUGGGAGAAGCACCACCAUGUGUGCGGGCAGACGCUGCAGGCGCAGCAGCAGGGCGAGACGCCUAGCACCGCCAGCUCCUCAGGCACUCCCAGUAGCAGUGCUGGCAGCCCCGCCGACACCCCCUCCGCCGCUGCCACGCCACGCUCGGACACGCCUGGCACGCCGGCAGCAUUAGAGCCUGUGCCACGCUAGAGCCAAACCCAUCACAGCCCCACCAGAACUGUCUCACCGCGCCUCGCUUACUCAAACAUGCUAAAUCUAACAUGCUAACUGAGAAAAAGAGGACUGGUUCCACAGAGCGAUCGCCCAACCGGAGGUCCGUAUCGGGUCAUAUUGACUUGUUAGGACAGAGAACACAAAGAUAUUCUUUGUUUAAAAUUCUCAUCAUCCUUUAAAGCGCCCAAUUGCUACUAUAGAUUAUUUUUUGUUUGUGUUAAAUGUUUCCUGUUAAUAAGCAGAAAAAAAAGACCUCUGGAUCAGCACAUUAAACCUCCCGUUUGA